AUGUAUGGAGGGAGAGUUGAGGAGUUCCUGAUCAAUAAGAUGCUCUACUGCAUCACUCUUGCCCUUCACUCGGGCGACAAGGGACAGCAGUUUGAAGAUGGCGGUCGCCUGUUCAACACUGCUAACAAUCGUGAACCAUCUGAAAUAUCUUGUGACGGAGCAGUCAGUGGUGCCUCCAUAAAGAUUUUCACACCAUCUUCCUACUGGCCUUAUGUAUACCAGCAGUUGUAG